GCAUCAAGGUGUGAAUCACAGAAAGUUUGUGUUUGAGGUAGCCUACUAGUAGUUCCCAUUUUUCCUCAGGGAAAGUAGAGUGAGCGAGAUAGGGACUACUCGUAGUCUAUGUUCGAGGGGGUGUUUCCAUAGGCAAAAUGUAAAUAUUGGUCUUUGUUGGUCGAUUUUCUGUAAACUGUCUUGAUACUGGUUUUGCAGUCAUCCUCUAGAUAAACAGAGGUGUCCAAGGAAGAUAUCUUACCAUCCUUUAGAACUUCAGAUGUGAACUUGAUAUUCAAGUCCAGAGAUCGAGGGACCUGACCUCUUGGCCAUUUACAAUCCUCUUUUGGGAAUACAAAACAACCUUUCUGUUACAUCACCUGACAUUUUAUGUCACUGAUGUAGGUUGAGUGAUUCAAACGACAUAUUCGAUUUUGUUUUUAAAUUGUUGUUCUGAGUUUUGAAAUUUGUGUACGAAAUGUCUUCACCCAGACAAAAAACCUUUUAGUAACAAGGUAUGAUCUUAAAAUAAUAAUAUUGCUUUCAGCUUAUGUAGUCCAGGAUUAACUAUUAUCAUGCUUACUCUCCGAACCUCUGUGUUGUACAAAUCUUGAUGUAUGACACUGGUACAUGAACCAAUUGGUAAUUGAAAGGGGACACAUUACAAGUUAGUGUGAAUUUCAAAAUCUGUUUUGUUCAUUGGUCAUGACAGCUGGUAUAUUUUUGUAACAAAUUAGAAAUGGCCAUUGUCUAUGAACUACGUUUAGAACAACUUUAUCUUCUACUAUACCUACAGAUUAUCUAAAGAAACUUUUGAAGAUGUUCAGUCCUGUGCAAUUGACUGGUUAGAACUGGUGAAAGCAGUCCAGAAACAGUCUUGUAAGUGAAAAUGCACCGUUUUUGUUAUGCUGGAAUUGAAAACUACUGUGACAGGGAGCCAGUUCUGAAAAUGACAACUUUUGAUUGAGGUUCCCUACCAUACAUUUAUGUUACGAUAACUGUUACAUUUAAAUGAUAAGAUGAAAUUGUGAUUGUACAUGUAUGUAUUUCCAGCAGCUCCUUGCAUAUUUCAGAUUUCAUGUCAGUAUUCAUCCUAGAUUUAAAUACUAGGAUUAAGAUAAGAGGAAAAGUUAUAACCAUAAUGCGGGUUGAAGGCUUGUUUAACCUGAGAUCAAGCAGACUUAAUUAUCCUGCAACUUGUAUACUUUUAAUGGUCAAUCUUUUUGUAUAUUCUGUUGGUACAUGUAUGCGCUGUGUAUGCUGUAACUGCAUAGUUGAUCUGCCCAAUAGGAAAAGGGCAACCAUAGUUUACCCUUCUAUUAUGUUAUUUGGUCGAUUCAAUGUUUGAUAUUUAACAAUGUCUUCCACUGCAGCUCAAGAUGAGUCAACCAAAGGACUGGAGCAGCCCAGUGACACUGAUGACACAAGUGAUUACUUUGCUGAUGCUGAAACCUCCUCUUGCGGAUCCUCUGAUCAUGUUAUCAUGUGGACAAACAUGUCAGAAAACAAGGCUGCAUGGAAAUGCCCCAGAGGAUCUCCUAUAUUACAAGGUAUAUUAGAUAAAUAGAUUGCCUUUCAGGGCCGGGGGCCAGGGAUUUUCAUAAUAGGCAGCCUGGCAACUUUAAAUUUUAAUGACAGCCCUGGCCUUUACAGCUAUCAGUAAAGUGACCUUUGGUAUAACAAAAACAUUGUGGGACACAAUUUUAAAAACGAUACCAAAUAUGAUAUAAAGAGAAUGAGAAAAAAUAUAUAUUCAGAAAGCCAAUUGUAUGGAAAAAGUUGUUUGGACCUCAAGGAUUAUGGUCUAGCAACAUUGAUUUUUUGCAUCCAGCUUUAUAACAUUGGUGUUUACUUGACGCACAAAGUUCUUCCGUGAGGUGGAAACUUCUGGUUAUCAACAGCUUAACAAAGAUAAGAGCGUGAGGCGUUUACAAAUGGAGCGUGUGCGGAAGUGGUUGGAAUGCAACCAUGACCAAGACGUGCUGUCAUCUGUGGAAAGUGAACAGGGACACCCAACGGCAAUUUUCGGGAAAAUAUCUGUUCGGAAGACGAUUUGAGAUCUAGAAUUUUCGGAGCAUUUGUUGUAAAAUUUCUUGCUUGCCUGCCUCUCCUAGGAUUUUCGAACAUCGACAAAAUUGUAUAAUUACCCAUUUUUAACGGAUUUUGACCCUAAAAAAGGCCACCUAGAAUUUUCGGGAGCCUUUUCCUGGCUGAAGUUUUCGAGAAGGUAAGUUUUGAUCCCUAUAAUUUUCGGAUCACUAGACUUUCAGCUAGGAAAUCCGAACAGAGGAAAAGUUUUUAGGGGAUAAACAUAUGCCUAUAUCUACCGUUUGAAUACUAAAAUACAUUCAACAAUGCUAUUUUAAGUGGUUUUGAACUAUAUCCUCGUUGGGUGCCCCUGAGUGAAGGUAAUUCUUGUGUUGAAAUUCGUAGGGAAGGUUAACUUCGGAAUAAUAUGACCUUUUACCCUGGGUGUUGGAACUUUAUGGCGGUCAGAGCUACUACGUGAGAAAUUUCUGCAAUUUGAUUGGCUUAGGGCAGUUGUAUUUCAGCUUAAUUUGAAAUACCUACAUGUCAAAAUUACAAAACCUUUGCGUGUAGUAGUAUAAACAAAUAAUAGCAUGAUUUGUACGUGAUAUUUGGCAUAAAUUAUACCACUCGUUAUAUUUCGAAAUUGUCUCAAAUUUCACUCGCCCUAACGGCUCGUGAAAUUACGUGUAUCAAUUGUGGUAUUUAUGCCAAAUAUCACUACAAAUCAUGCUAUUCAGUAUACUGAUAGCCAUUUAGAAUUACAAUACCAAUAUUUCUCCCAAUGUUUUUGCUCAGCCCUAAUAACCUUUGCGUUAUUUGUUUUGUUUUAUCGUUGAUAACUGUUUCUACUAUUUUUGUCUCUCAGUUGAACCCAGCUCUACAAUGUCGCAGUUUUCUUCUUCCACAAUGGUAAAGGUACUCACGAUUGACGAGACUGUUAACAUUGAAAUGCCAGAAUCCGCGGACACGGUAACGUAACAAACAGAACUAAAUCAGUUAAAUGAAAAGCGUUUAUUUAUUCCUUGAGGGAUUAAGGUUGCUAACUUGAAAGCUAAUAAAUAAUAAAUAAUAAUAAUAAUAAUAAAUAAUAAAUCAUCGAAAAUGCUGUUCAAAAAGGCACUUAAAAAAUAUUAUCUCGCUCAAUAUUGACUUGUGUGCGUGUGUGUGUGCGUGCGUGCGUGUUUUAUGUUUUAAUGAAUAACAAAACUACAAAAGAAUAAAGUCAAUCUUGUUAAAGGGCCAUGAUUAGUUUUACUAUAAUGUGCCCUUCUCCAUUGUAAUUUUCUUCUUUUAUUAUCAUUAUUAUAUACAUGUAGUUUAAGCAACUUUGUACCCAUUGAUAUUGUACAACUAAUGUAUUAUUAAUAUUGUACAACUAUUGUAUUAUUGUACAACUAAUGUAUUAUAGGAUGGAGUAAAAAAUAAAAUACAAAUACAAUACAAAGCUAAGUUUUUGUGAAGAUUUUUCCACAGGGAGCAGAGCAGUUAUUUGUGGUCCUGAUUGCGGUUACAUUUUUCAGCUAAUAGCGCGAUUCGCCUUUUCUUACUGUAUAUGAACUUGACCGAUCAAACCGUCAUGGGAUCUCUUACAAACCCGGAGUAAAAUGUAAUAAUUAUGUUACAUUUCUAUUAAGUGCAACAUAUAAGGCAGACCUAGAGGACUGAAGAGGCCAAGACAAGGGGUGGGUUAUUAGAUGAUUGAGGCUGAAAGAGAAAAUAUGCAUAUGCCAAGUCAUUCGCAGCAAACAGAAACUCAUCAACAAUGGGCCCGUUAUUUAAACUGAGUAGCCAGCCAGCCAUUUUCAGUUUGCUCAACACUUUUAUCUAAACGCCGGUUACUGUAAACAGUUUCGUGAAAGCAACAGGCCAGACUGGAGAAACAUUUAUCUUCUUAAAAUAACACACUCACCACAAACCGCGACCAAAGUUAGACUUCGGUUAACUGAUAACUGAUCCAAUGUUGUUGUUUAGUUUAUGCUGUUUAUGUCUGUAAACAGGUUCCAUCCAUGGCACAAUCACAUGCUGUUACCUGCUCUGUUCAAGGGACCUACUCAGCUGUCUCCUGUAUGCCCUGUACGGAUGAGGAAACUUUUAAUGAUGUGCACCCUCUAGGGACAACCAUGAGUGAAAAUGGCCUAUCAAACAAGUGCCCUUUGAAAGCAACGAACAGUGACGAAAAGCUCAAGAAAGCUGAAGAGUCCACCCAAAGACCAACUACGAGGCCAGUAGUGGAUAAAAAAGGGACACCCAGCAAGCAUGAGGUGCAUGCCUGUAAACAGGUUCCACCCAUGGCGCAAUCACAUGCUGUUACUGGCUCUCUUCAAGGGACAAGUGAUGGUCAGUGCUGUCCUUGUACUGAA